AUGGCACUGAGAGCGUUGUUUGGUAGCAGAAUUGCACAACUAAAACCAAUCACCAACCAUGGGCGGGGAGUUUGGGCGGUGCGUUCCUGCCGAGCGGCGUCAACUGAUAAAGGUCCCACCUUCGACUGGGAAGAUCCGCUGAAUCUGGAAUCACAGCUGAAGGAGGAUGAAAUUGCGAUUCGCGACUCGUUCCGCGCCUACUGCGAGGAUAAGCUGCUGUCGCGCGUUAUCGAGGCGAACCGCAACGAGGUGUUCCACAAGGAGAUUAUGCAGGAGCUCGGCUCGUUCGGCGUGCUCGGCUGCACGAUCAAGGGCUACGGCUGUGCGGGUGUAAGCAACGUCGCGUACGGCCUACUAACGCGCGAGGUCGAGCGCAUCGAUUCCGGCUACCGGUCGGCGUUCAGCGUCCAGUCCUCCCUGUGCAUGGGUGCGAUCUACGAUUACGGUAGCGAUGCGCAGAAGGAAAAGUAUUUGCCCCGGCUGGCCCGCGGGGAGCUGAUCGGAUGCUUCGGGCUGACCGAGCCGAACCACGGUAGCGAUCCGUCCUCGAUGGAAACGCGCGCCGUGCACGAUCCGAAGACGAAGACGUACGUGCUGAGCGGAAGCAAAACGUGGAUCACCAACUCACCGAUCGCGGACAUUUGCAUCGUGUGGGGCAAGACGGAGGACGGGAAGGUGCGCGGGUUCAUCGUGGAUCGGGCGGAAAGUGGCGAGGGGCUGGCGACACCGCGCAUCGAGGGCAAGUUUUCGCUGCGUGCGUCCGCAACCGGCAUGAUACUGAUGGACGAAGUGCGCAUUCCGGAAGAGAAUUUGCUGCCGAACGUGAGCGGCAUGCGGGGACCGUUCGGGUGCUUGAACAAUGCGCGGUAUGGUAUUGCGUGGGGUGCGCUCGGUGCGGCGGAAUCUUGCCUAAAGGUGGCACGCGGCUACACGCUGGACCGGAAGCAGUUCAAGAAGCCACUAGCCGCGAAUCAGCUGAUGCAGAAGAAGAUGGCCGAUAUGCUGACGGAGAUUAGCCUCGGGCUGGCGGCUUGUUUGCACGUUGGACGGCUAAAGGACCAAAAGCUACACACGCCGGAAAUGAUUUCCAUGCUGAAGCGAAACAACGCAGGAAAAGCGUUGGAUAUUGCGCGUGUAGCGCGCGACAUGCUGGGCGGCAAUGGCAUUGCGGACGAGUAUCACAUCAUCCGGCACGUGAUGAAUCUGGAGGCGGUGAACACUUACGAAGGAACUCACGAUAUUCAUGCCCUCAUCCUGGGACGCGCAAUCACUGGACUGCAAGCAUUUGCGUAGUGAUACCGUACAAAUCCCUACGCAUUGUUACGUGCCUUACGCUAUUCGUUUGUAAAUAAAAUGUAUUUUUAUGUUUUA